AAGUCAAGGAGAAAGAAUGAGAGAAAAAAAGAAGGGAAAAUCAGCCGACGUCGAGCGAUUUCCGCAAGUCACGAAAUCGGACAACACUUAAAUGCGUUACUUUCGACGCGGCGGCCCCGUACAGGCCGUAGGACACAGUCGAGUCGCGGUCGAGGAAGCGUCAGCAUUCGCGGAUCGGGAGAUUGAGCGCCCGGUACAUAGGUCACGUUCCCACCGCCGCUGAUAUGACUACGUUGCGCUGGGUGUCCGCCGCAGUGAACGACAGGACGCUGAAAAGGUCAGGUGAUCCUGUCAUGAGCGAGACGAGCCUGCGUCAGAUGCGAGCCCAGCAGCAGCAGCAGUACUUCCAGCAGAGGAAUCAGCAGACACAAGCCAUGCGCAAACUCGAGGUGACGGAGAUGAAGACGGUGAAGUGGGCGAUGUCCCUGGCGGUGGUGAGGGAGAUGUACCGCACCUUCGCCGAGAAGCUGCCGCAGGUGAAGAAGAUUCCCAUCGUCGGCUGGAUGGUCGUCCUGACGGAGAUGGUCUUCGUGUGGUGGUGGACUUUCCUGCACAACCUGCCGUGGCCUGCCCUCCUGCUGGACCUGCUGGCGACGGGGGAUUCCUUCACCUUCAGGAUUCUGGAUUUCCUGCAACAGAGGCUGGAGUGGUGGACAGACGCGUGGGGUGUGCGUUUCAUGUGGCUUCGUGAGAGCGUAGAGAUCAGCGUGGACAAAGGGAUCACUGUGUUGGACGUUUACUUCGGGAGACUUCAGGAUUGGGCCUUGUACUUGCUCGAUGCCCUGUUGACUCCUGUCAGAUAUGCCUUCAAGUUGGCUGACAGCUACUCUCAGUCAGUGGCCUUCAGACAGACGGUGCUGUCGCUGAAGGAAGACGGAGAGAGACGGGCGCCCAAGAAGACUUUCGAGACUGAGGACGAGGAGGACACCGAGGGCUGGGCGGAGGAGGACUACCUCUCCGACCACAGCGCGUCGGGCUCCAGGAGGGCCGCCAGGAAAGACAAACAAGGCCUCCCUUGCUCCAGAGCCAAUAUGACCCCCGAGGAGAAGCUAAGAGCCGCAACGUACCAGCGAGUCAGACGGGAAAUAAGACUCAUGAGGAAACAUUCCGUCAGGUUCUCCAGAGGAAUCGUCACCUACGCCAGACAAAUGGUGGAGCCGCGCAUUCUCCCGUUCGCAGAAUCUUUCCAGGAUUCCUGUCUAAGAUGGGCAAAGGAGCACGGGAUUCUGGAUCUGACGGAGGAGCUGACGGAGCGGAUGAAAGGAAGAUCCUUCCCAGGGAAGAUUCUCACUCUCGCUCGAACUCUCUGCGCCGCCUUCCUCGCCUUUUUACUUCGUCUAACGAGAGGAAAGAGGAUCAAGCGAACUCGUUCGAUGCGAACGGAGAGUCUUCGCCGUCGGGCUCAAAGUAUGACCUGCGGCACCAGCCCGCUUCCCCUAAGCCCAUCGGCUCUCCAGCAAUCGUCCGAGCCAGCGCCGGUUCCCCAACUGGAAGUCCCAGUGACUCUCCAGCAGGCAGCCCUGAAAGAAGAAGAAGAGGAUUUGGACGCUUCUCAAGCAAAAGACAGCGCUCUCGGAAGUGAGGACAACCACUCCGACGUGCCCGACAGCGACCACGCCUUCUCGCCCAUCGAGGAAUCUGAGGAGCACGACAGCGAAGCCAAGACGCCGCCGGCGACCCGGACCCCGGCAGGAGUCGAGUCCGGCCUCUCGGAGGACGGGAGGCCGCCCGCCGCCGUCGAGGCCCAGAAGCCCGCUAGGCAAAGGACACCCAAUAAAGGUGGUUCUAAGAAAAAAGUGACGAUCCAGUAGACUGACUGUGUACGUCAGUAUUGUAUGCUGCUUCAAGGAAGGCUGUGGACAGUAUGUAAAGAAGUAUAUGCUUUUGUAGUAUUAGUAUUUUGUUACUUUGCAUUUCGUGUUACCGAGAGUAUUUCGCUAAUGAUGAAUGUUAGUUGUCGUCCGCGCAUGUAUGUUUCCCGAGACUCUCUUCAUCAACCGUUCGUGAGCCAGCCAGCUCUGCCCAGAACUACGACUACGAGAAACUAAUAAACCAAUCUGAUCUUUUAUUUAAGAAAAAAAUAAAUCUCGUCCCUUGUUUUCGUUCAAGUAAACACGAAAACCGCUUGGAACCAUUUUUUUUUUU